AUGACCACCCAAUCCCCCCCAACCAUCUGGCACGGCGACGGCCGCGAACAAGCCCUCCAAGCCCACCUCCUCCAGCACCCCGCCGCCGCCCACCUCCGCAACAAUCCCACCGCCAUCCUCACGGAAAUCGACAACUGGGCCACCGCCCACAACCACUGCAUGAUGACCAUCGGCCCCGAACGCAGCCAGCCCAUCGUCGAUCUCAUCCGCUCCUCCUCCCCGCGCACGAUAGUCGAGCUAGGCGGCUAUAUCGGCUACUCCGCCAUCCAGUUCGCUGACGAGCUGCGCCGCACCACCACCACCACCACCACCCCCGGCACCGCAGCACGGUACUACAGCCUCGAGAGCAACGCUGCAUACGCGGCGGUAGCGCAAUCGCUGAUCGACUUCGCGGGGCUGGGGGAUCUGGUGCGGGUACUUGUGGGCGAGGCGAAGGAGUCGUUGGCCCGGGUGGCACGGGAACUUGGGGGCAACACAGCGGUGGAUCUGCUGUUUGUCGAUCAUUGGGGGGAGCUGUAUCUUCCGGAUUUGCUGGUCGCCGAAAACUUGGGGCUGUUGAGGGAGGGCGCGCUGGUCGUGGCGGAUAAUGUGGGGAUGGAGGGGGCGCGGGCGUAUGCGCGGUGGAUGGAGCAGGCGGUGCAUGAGGUCGAGGGGAGGGUGGUGCGGUAUGAGACUCGGACGUUGCCUUAUACUUUGGUCAAUGGGCAGGAGAACCCCAUCAUGUACGACGUGAUCGUCAUUGGCGCCGGCUUCAGCGGCCUCCAAGCGGCCUACUCCGCCCAGCAAGCCGGGCUCUCAGUUCUCGUUCUCGAAGCCCGCGACCGCGUCGGCGGCAAGGUCUGGAGCGUGCCGCUGGCCUCGGGACGGGGCUGCGUCGAGCUCGGCGCCGCCUGGAUCAACGACACCCUGCAGCCGCGGGUGUGGGCGUAUGCGCAGCGGUUCGGGAUGAAGGUCGUGCAGCAGCGGCUGGCGGGCCAGGCGGUGAUGGAGCCGAGCGGGGAGGAGCGAUUUCUAUUUCCGUUCGGCGUGACGCCGGAGUUCAGCGAGGACGAGAAGAAGAGCCUGGAGUCUGUCCGCGACCACAUCCAGGCCGAAUCGCUCAAACCGGGGCCCGUCUCCGUCGAGGACGACAGUAUCACGUUGGAGGAGUACGUACGCAACCUCGGGGCGCUGCCCAGGGUGGUCCAGAUGGUGAACCUGUGGGCGCAGGUGAUGCACGGGGUGGAGGCCAGCGAGGAGUCGGCGGGGUGGUUUAUCGACUACUGUCGUCGCAACCGGGGACUGUUGGCUGUCCGUGCGGACGACGCGUCGGGGGGACAGUAUUUGCGCUUUCAGGAUGGCGCCCAAACAAUCGCCACCCGCCUGGUAGCCCUGAUCGGCCACCAAAACAUCCACCUCUCGACCCCCGUGCAGGCCAUCCACGACCACGCCUCCCACGUCACCGUCACCGUCACUACAUCCGAUAAGAAAGCCUACACGGCCCGCAGGCUCAUCCUCUCCCUCCCCAGCACCAUGUACAAAGAGCUCACAAUCACGCCCCCGCUCCCCCCCGCCGUCCGCACCGUCACCGACGCCACCAUCCUCGGCGACUACAACAAGGCCAUCAUCUGCUACGACACGCCCUGGUGGCGCGCCCAGCACUUCAACGGGUACUUCGCCAGCUACGCGGGGCCCGUCAUCUUGGCGCGGGACACCUCCGUCGACGAGAAGCGGCACUUCUCGCUGACGUGCUUCGUGAACGGGAACCCAGGGAGGCAGUGGAGCCGGCUGCUGCCGCACGAGCGGCGGGCGGCGGUGCUGAAGCAGCUGGCCCGGGUGUUUGGGCAGGACGACACGUCCGAGGUGUGGCGCCCGAUCGAGAUGUUCGAUCAGAUCUGGCAGCAUGAGCGGUAUAGUCGGGGCGCGUUGGCGCCGAUCACGGCGCCGGGGCAUUUGGCGCGGUACGACGAGGUGUAUGGGCGGGCGGUGGGGAAUGUGCAUUUCGUGGGGACGGAGUAUAGUGCCGUCUGGAAGGGGUAUAUGGAGGGGGCGUUGUGGUCGGGGGAGAAGGGGGCGGAGGAGGUGGUGCAGGCCUUGAGGGGGAGGGGGAGGGGGAUGGGGAGGGCGGUGUUGUAG